ACGGCGCGGUAACUCUCCCGGGUCGCGUACGAAUGCUGCCGGACCGUGCACCAGUCGGCGAGACGGAGCCCCAGCGGCCGCGACGUCGUGCGCGGAGAGCGGGUGGCCCAGCGGCACCGGGUGGACCGGCGGCACCCGGGCCGUCCUCAUGGACGAGGGGGCGGCGGGCGCCGAGCGGAUGGGCAAGGCGUGCCUGCCGACCGGCGGGGCCAGGCGCAGGAGGCGGCGGUCGACCGCGGACGCGGCGGAGCUCUCACCGGCGUGCGCGACGGACAACCUGGACACCGAGAAGUUCGACUCUCGCCAUUCGGUGAUGCUGCUCACCUGCGGGGUGGUCGUGCUGGCGUCGGUGCUUCUGGUCCGCGCAGUUGUGUACAUUCUCAGGCUGGAGCGUGCCGGUCGCGACAACACACCCACGGCCACGCCCUGCUACGGAGACCACUGCGCCACGAGGGACAGGCUCUUCGGGAACGUCUCCGGCCAGACCGUCGACCCUUGCGAAGAUUUCGGGUUAGAACGGCGUUUCCCCGAACUGGCUGUUCGCUGUCCUCCCGACGGCUAUCGACAACGCAUAUUUUGGACCCUACGAUGAAGCGAAGUCUGUGGUGAAGCGCUUAACGAAGUGAUUUAUAUUUUCCCAUUUACGCUCCUGAGUUUUUGGCGCUAAGGAAAGCGGAGCGCGCUCCC